AUGGUUCAUCUUGGUCCUGAAAUCCCAUCAAUGGCCAGAGAGAAGAUGAAGACUCAGACUUGGAUCCUGCUCCUUAUCCUGAGUUGCCUUCCAAGUAAGGGUGAAUCCAGAAGAUUAUAGAUUUGUGAUUAUAAUGAAUAGUUAGUGUUAUUCAAUAUACACUACAGCCUUAUGGAAGGACAUGUCAUCAGUGACCAACUUAAAGGAGAGAUGAUUUUGUUUUUUGUUUUUUCACUACCACUUGUCUUUAGUGUUCAUAUUUUCCAGUAUUACAUGUAUUUAGAUGCUUAUUCCUCUUCAUCUUCUAAUUCUUUAUUCUCCUGCAGAUGUAUGCCAGGGAGCAGUUGUCACUCAGAAUGAAAAGUUGCUACUAGUGUCACCAGGGGAGUCAGCCAACAUGAGCUGUAACCAAAACGAUGCCAGCAACUACUACAUGUACUGGUACCAACAGAAACCAGCAGAAGGACUAAAGCUUAUGAUUUUGUCCACUGGAGAAGGUGAAACACAGAAUAUGGAACCAGACUUUCAAUCAGACUGGGAGCUUGAGAGAAAAGACACUCACAAUUCGGUUCUACGGCUUAAAUCAGCCAAAACAGAGGACUCGGCUGUGUAUUUCUGUGCAUCGAGUAUACACAGCAGCAAAACCCAGGGAAGCAGCUGGCAAAAAACUCCAACCACAGAGGGAGCAUGAGGAGAUGCAACUAUACGUCUUGCUCUGCAGGGGGUGCUCUAGAGUAUAUUUUCUGCUUCACCAUAUAAACUGGAUACAUAGUUUCUCAAUAUACAAUAAAAUUAUAUAAAGGCUGAUUUGUUGAAGAUGUGGUACCUUUGCUGUGUUACAUUGUAAUUAUUGCGUAUAUCUUCUAAAAGAGAGAGGAAUCUAGUUUUAAUUUAUCCAGCACGCUAAUAUCGUCUAUCACGGUAUGUGAUUUGGUCAGUAUAUUUGUGUGUGUCUGUAUGUAUAUCAGUAUGUUUGUUUGUAUAAUACUAGAAGGAGGAGCACAACUAAGUAAAAUACAAAAAAGCUUCAUUAGACAAAAAACACAUGUAUAACAGGUAUCAACAUAGAUAUCAAAGAAUUGGAAAUGUUAAAACAGCUCUAUCCAAUAUGCAAACAAUAAUUGCAGAUAAAGUUAAAAUAGGAAAAAAAACAGUAUUGAUCAAAAAAAAUCCAAUUAAAGUGGUAUGACCACUAAUUCAGAGCAACAGUAUAUUAAAUACCUGUAUAUACUGAUAAACAAAAAGACACAUACCACGAACAACAGGAAAUAUGAGAGGAGGGUACAGACAUCAAAUACAAAAAAUAGCCCCCAACGUUUCGGCGUACCCGCCUUUAUCAAGGGAGCAUGUGGUACAGAGGACCUAGUUGCCAUUAUAUACCAACAUUGAUAUACCUGCUUUGACUUUAUUUGCAAUUAUUGUUUGCAUAUUGGAUAGAGAUGUUUUAACAUUUCCAAUUAUUUGAUAUCUAUGUUGAUACCUUUUAUACAUGUGUUUUUUGUGUAAUAACGCUUUUUUGCAUUUUACUUAGUUGUUCUCCUCCUUCUAGUAUUAUAUGAUUACAUGUAUAGCCUCUUGGAAAUGGGGCUUUUGGAGUGAGCACCUUGACUUUCAUUAAUUUUCUUUAUCUAAUGGUGACGACUAUUUUAACGGGUGUGCCCACUUGCGCUUUGUUAAUAUAAGUAUGUUUGUUUGUGUCUGCAAAUAUGUCAGUAUGUAUGUGUCUGUAUGUAUUUCAGCAUGUAUGUAUAUGUGUCUGUCUCUGUGUCAGUGUGUAUGUGUGUCUGUGUAUAUGUAUGCCUGUAUGUCUGUAUGUCCGCAUGUAUGUGUGUGGGUCUGUAUGUCUGUAUGUAUGUCAGCAUAUAUGUUUGUGUGUGUCUCUAUGUAUGUCUGUAUGUAUGUGUGUGUCUGUAUGUCCGUAUGUAUGUGUGUAUGUAUGUAUCUGUGUAUCAGUAUGUAUGUCUUUAUGUGUGUGUGCCACUGUCAGUAUUUAUGUCUUUGUGUCUGUAUAUGUGUGUAUAUCUUUUUCAGUUUGUGUGUCUGUCAGUAUGUGUUUAUCUGUGUGUCAGUGUGUGUGUGUGUCAGGAAUGUUUAUGUGUAUCUGUGUGUAAGUGUGUGUCUCAGGAAUGUCUGUGUGUAUAUGUGUGUCAGUGUGUGUGUCACUGUGUAUCAGUGUGUGUGUAUCUUUGUGUGUGUGUAUCUGUGUGUCCUUUUGUGUUAGUGUGUGCAUCUGUGUCUGUGUAUGUAUUCUAUGUCAAUGUUUAGGAGUUUCUGUUUAUCUAUGUGUGUGUCAGUGUAGGUAUAAGUGUGUGUGUAUCUUUGUGUGUAACUAUGUGUCAUUGUGUGUUUUUGUAUCUGCUUGUGUAUCUGUGUCUGUGUAUCUGUAUGUAUGUGUAUCACUGUGUGUAAGUGUAUACACUACAUAAAAAUGCACACCUGCAUUCAAACACCUACACUUACACACAUACUCCAUACAGAAAUACAAAAAAAGUUUAUCAGGAGUAUUUACUAAAGUGAGAAUUCAAAUUUAAAUUUAAAAUUUAAGAACAGAGUAGCUGAACUGAAAGAAUAGCUGUCAGAGAACAUUUCCUGUUUAGCUGUUUUGACCAUAAAUUUGAAAUUCACUUUGAACACACAUACACACACCUCCUUUGUUCAGCAGGCCUGAGACUCACAUGGGUCCUACCAGUUACCGAAUGCACAGAUCACAUACAUAUUAGUGUACUCAGAGAGCCAAUAGGAGGCUGAGAAACAGACACCACAAAGCAUGUACCUCAAAAGUUAGUGCUGGAGUAAAAGUGCGAGCAACAAAAUCACCAGUAGGGGGCACUGCUCUCUCAUUCUCCUGCUUACUUUGGACCCUGAGAAAGUGCACAGAUUAUGUUAGUGGAACAACUUUACUGAUGCAAGUAGACUAAAACGAGAUUAUGUUAAUGAUGAUCUCUCAUUCUCCUGCCUACUCUGCUAACUAACCAAUCGCCUUUUACUAGAAAAGAUAUGAACAUUCUACAAGGAAACAUAAACAUGUUAUACUGUAAUAUUUUACUGUAAUAUUUUUAACAAAUUAGCUGAUUUUUCAGCAUCAACUCUUUUUUUGGAGCAAAAAUAAAACAGGUUUAUCUGUUUGUAUACAUUUGCAGUUUUUUUUUUAAAUUGGUGUUUAUUUAUAGCAAAUUCCACUGACUUAAGGCCAAGCUGGUAAAAUUCAAUCUUAAUAUUAGAAAUGCUAGUAUUUAUAAACAGCUGAGCAUUAUAUAAACUAAAAAAAAAAAAAAAAAUCCAAACAGGUAGAUUAUACUCUUGUCUUCAAACUUUCCCCAAAUUCAAUAUUCAACAGUAAGUCUAUUUCUCCUAGGGCUAAUAAGACUUCAAGUGAUUAAUUUCCUCUUGAUACGUACAUUAACAUUAAAACGAUAUACAAAUUUUGUAGGGCAAUAUGAUUGGACUAUAGUAAACUAGCGGUGUGCCCUUUUUUGAGAAUUACACAGCAUAUCAAGUAAAGUUUUUAUUUGAAUUACUUUGUCACAUAUUAUUGUCACUAUGUCUUCAUAUUCUUCAACAUUUGGAAAGUCUCAGAAAUUCAAUAGGUAUUAAUCUGGGGAAAAAAAAAAAUCGAAUUCUAUUUGGUAUCAUAAUCUGGCCCCGUACGACUUAGAUCAGGGGUGCCUAAAAGGUAGAUGUUUUAGAACUACAACAUCUGUGGGGGCAGGACAGGCAGAGCACCUAACCAGAUGUCUCUCUGUGGAGCUCUGCUGAGACUCUGCAAAACAGCGUGCAGACUGAAGACUUACCGCACUCUGCCAGCAACACAAUGGGGCAUAAACACAGAAAGUAUUAAUGCCAGCAAUGUCCCCGAUUGCCAGAUAUCAAGCUCUCUUUUGAGAGGCCCACACCACUACUAGCACCCAAGAUGUCACCCGAGGCCCAGAGCGAGCAGGAAACCUUGGAGGAAUCCCAAGAGGAUGAAGUAUCGCUCACCUCGCCUUGAAUCAGCAGAGUGCACAAGCCCUCUGACUCGGAUGACGACUCAUCUCCAUCUACUUAGGGAGACAUAAAGAAGCUCCUGACAGACCUGAGGGAGGUCUGAAAGCAGAUCUGCUUGAAGCACAGACCGAGAUUGUGGUGAUCUAUCAGAAAGUUAAAGCAGUGGAGGUGAGGGAGGCUUUUAGGGAUGGCCAACUGCAGGAAGCACAGAGCCAGAUUAAAGGGCUCAAACAGCAAGUCCAACAACUGAACUGAGCAGUGGCCCACUGGAGUCCCGACAGAGAUGCUGGAACGUCUGCCUCUGAGGAAUCCCUGAGGAGGUAGGAGGGGAAGCACUGCUGCCAUUUGCCCAGAGGCUGAUUACUUCAAUGGGCAUUAAGAGUGCUGAUCCCCCCACUGAUAAAUUUGGUGUUCUGAGUUAGGAAGUCCGCUACCUAGGGAUACGAUUGCAGUAACCAGAGACAUAGCGGUGAAAGCCGCCAUCAUAAAUCGUUACAGAACAAUUGGGAGUAUUAAUUUUGAAGGCUGCUCAGUGUCACUGUUUAACGAUCUCCCGUUCUCGGUAUUGGCUGUGAAGAGGAAGCUGGCCCCGAUUGUCAAGAGGUAGAGGGACCAUUCAGUCAAGUAUAGUUGGGAUAUAGAGGGCUCUCUGGUGGCACCCCCAUGGAGAAGAAAUGCUUACCCUUUCAUCCUCUGGUGACCCUGAAGGGAAGGGGUUAAUGAUUCUCAUCUAUAAUUUCUGAUAUUAUAUUCUCUUUCUUAAGAUUUACACAAGAGCUAAAAACUAGACAAACCACAGGUUAUUUUUGAUUUAUCACUUCUGCUUUUGAAUCAACAGACGCAUCCGCAAACUAACAUUGACCGUGGCCUUUUGCAAGAUCAGCUAUUUCCGCAUUUAGCAACAUUUAUCUUUUGUAAGCACAUUAUAACCAAAGUAUGUCAAAGUUCAUAAUCAAUACUGUAUAAAUAUGCCAUCCUUUUUAUAAUACAUUUGAAGAUUAUGGAAAUCAAAGAGUGUGUGUCUGGUUAAUACGCUUCCAUAAAAAUCUUCCCUGAAUAUUCAGCUGACAAUCGAGAGUUGGAGAAUAGUGACCAGAGGGACCGAGUCACCAGAGUAGCAGAUUUACCUUUCAGCUUGGUGUCAGAAGUGGGAUUGUAGCCAAACCAUUUUGGGUGAGUAGUAAUUCCUUGUGUCUAUCUUGACGCCCUGAAUCUAUGAUCCCCAUGGUUUUGUAAGUCUACAUCAUUUUAGGAAAGGUUAUUUAGUAUAUGUGUUUUAUGUGACUCAGUUUUACAUAAGGUCCCGUUAAAUUAGUCUAGUAAGGGAACUAGACAGAGAGAUAUAUGUAUUUCUAGUAAGUGAACUAGAGAAGGUCUAAUAAGAGAAUUAGACAGAUAAAAGGAAGUCUAUAAAGUGAUAUAGACAGAGAAUUUAGUAUAUAAGUGAAUAUACUACGAUAGUGUGCACAGAGUUUCAGGUUCACCUUGUCCACCCUCUAAUUGUCAUUAGUUAAGUCUGGUUGUGAGUGUGAAUAAGUGUUUGAAAGAUUUGUCCUAGGAAUGGGAAAUUACCAUGCAAGAAUAUGAAGUAGUUAACUUUUCUUGUUCAUAUGUAUUUUAUGCUUAAACAAGGUUUAUAAUCAUUAGUACUGACUGUAAGGAUAUGAAAUAGUUAAACUCUUUUUGCUUUAUAUGCUAACCCUGAAAAUAUACUCACUGAGAAUCUUGUUAAAGCACAUUUGUAGUGUCCAUGUCUUUAUUGCAAACAAUGAUUCUCCAUCAAUUGGGUGAUUGUCUAUACUGGGGACACACUUUGGUAAGUUAGUAGUGUGUCCACCCUGAGUCAGCAGUAUGGGAAAUGUAAGUUCAGGUCCUGAGUGACCAAUAUAUAUACAUAUAUAUAUGAUAGCAGUACUGUAUAUUAGAAAAGAACUGGCUCGCAGGUUGUGCCUGAUAGACCUACUUAAAUCUUUUGCUUUAUUCUUUCUGUCGCAUAGAAGUAUAAGUUUAUUACUCUGUUUUAUUGCAAGUUAUUUCACAUGGGAUCUGUGUGCCUGGUAUGAUUAUUACUUUAAUACCAUAAGCCCACUACACUUUCUAUGAGAGUGGGAUAGUGUAAAUGUGUUACAUUGUUUGCAUGAUGAGCUCAGUAUAUUUAUAACUGAGACAAAAAGUCACUUCAUUAGUAUUUGAAAGUUAAUUCCCCAUAUGGGAUUAAUUGUAUAGAAACACCAAUCAGCAGAUCUUCCCUGCCCUGUGUGUUUGUUGCAGAGGAUCCAUACUGUAAAUAUGAUUUUUGUUUGUAAAUAAGAGCAACAUCUACAUUUUCAGCGGUCCAACACAUGCUUCAUUUUGCGCUGUAAACUAACCUUUUUUAUUGCAACAGAUUCCUUUUAAAUGAUCCAGUGUAAUAACUACUGCUUGUGUCUUCUAUGUCUCACAUUAUAUGUGUUCUGUUCUUUUAAAUUGUGGUAUAUAGCCUGAAUCAGACAUCAUGGACAAAGGUUUCUACCUGUGUUACUAAGGCUCUUGGAGACUGACCGGUCUAUACAUUUUUUUAAGUCUCUGAGAGUUCUGUAAGAUUCUGGUGAAACCAUGUCUGUGUAAUCUGUCCAAAUGUUUGCUCAAUUUCUAUAAGAUUUAAGUUGAUGCAGCAUCAUCUCAGAUUAGUUAAUGGAAGUUUCAUACAAAUAUUUGAGUUAUGAGCGCGCUAUAUAAAUGGAUCCUUUCUCUAUAUACAAUACUAUAGUAGAUUAAAGUAAUUAAGUUAAUAAGAAUUAAAAUAAAUAAAUAAAUAAAAAGUAUACAUAAGAAUCCCUAAAAUAAAUCUAAUAUAAACUAAAAUUGGUAUACCUUACAAUAAUAUGUUCUGAGUACAGCUGUUAACUGUUUAUUCUGUGUAAAUGGUGACUGUGAUAAUGUGUGAAGUGUGCAGCUUAACUGGAAAGUGGUUUAAUUUAUAUGUUGCUGUGUUGUUUUAAAUUAUAUUUGAAUCAGUUUGUCUCAGUCUAGUGAUACUGAUAAAAAUGCCAGUCAAAUAACUUUUAUUAGCUGUUGAAUACUAGCGUUUUGGCCAAGAGUAGUUCUAUGAGCUUAGAGAAGCUCUGUGUUGUGGUCUGAUAUAGCUAUAUGGGAAUGGAGAUUUGGAGGUGCUAGUUUAAGAUUGCUUUCAUAUUGUGUCUACCCAUGUUUCCUAGGAGAGACACAGAGAGUGUAGUUGCGUGCCCAAGAAUGUGUUUUCUGUAUUGGCAUAUCUGCUGGGUAUCCAUUAUGUGUUUCUACUACGUCUGUUUUGUGAGAUGUCUGUUUUGUGAGAUGACAUGUAAUAUUACAUUGGAUGCUGAGUAUGAGUUAUAUGGUUUGAAAUGAAUUGGUGUGUUAUGUGUUUUAUGUAUUUUAUUGUCCAUUGUGUAGGAGUUUAACUAGUCAGAGUGAUUUGCAUAUCAUUAACGCAAGCAUUUAGUGUUUUUACAAAAGGUGAAAUGCUGUUCAGCCGGCUAGAAUGAAACAAUUGUAUGCUAUCGCUCCUGGAGCAAGAAAAGCGCUUGUUACAUCCCACGUGAAAGGGGCCCUGCAAACUUCUGCUGUUCAAAUCGUGGGUCCACGUUUCCCUUUGCAAAUUGAUUAAUCCUGAAAGUCAUUCUUUUACUGAUAAAAAGGAUUGAAUGGACAAGAUGUCUCUCCCUCAUAAAGGAGUUCUAAUAGGGGAGUAUUGUCCAGCUCAGAGUUAACUCUACUUUUAAAGUAUAUUGCAUUGUUUGUGUCAAAGUAAGAUUCAUCUAGAAUGCCUCAUUGAUUAUGGGGUAAUAAUAACAUGGUAUUUUUAAUAGAGAUUAGACAAUUUCUGAAAUUUAUAAGUGAGGUAAUUUUAAUCUCCUAAACUACUGUAUUAUAUUUGUAUGGGUAAAUUGAAAGCAUUUUGCAGAUCCAGAAGACAAUUAAUAAAUAAUAUAAUAAUCUCACUAGGUGCCAAAUUAUGUAAAGAGGCUAUCCAAAGUAUGCACUAACGGGUUAAACUUGUUUUCUUGAUAAGCGUAUAACAUUUAGUUUUGUGGUUAGACUUUUUAUACUCAAUUUGAAAUACGUCCCAACUACAUCCUUGCAUGGCACCAGGUACAGGUAGCAAUAUGCGUUUUAAAAAUUUGCAAGGUCUUAGUGUUUUCUAUAUAUUAUAAUAAUGGAAAAGUACCUAACCGCAUGUCUGCAUUACGCUCAUGACACAGACUGUCAGUAUUGCAAGCCCUAUAUGAAGGCUAUGCCUAUAUGUAUAUACCCCUAGACAACCUUGCUUUAUAUAAAACAUUUAAAAGCUUAUUAAUAGUAAAUCUGUGUGGUACAAAGAGGGGUACACAAAGAGGGGUUGUGAGUUAGGUAAUCCCGACCUGCAUAUGGAAUAUGCUUCCUCCUUGUUCACUUUUGUUCCUUGUUGGUCUGUGACUGGCCCUUUUUGACCCCAAAUGAUUUUUUGGGGAAGAUACAGCAAUUGUGGAUAGCAGGGUCACUGAAAAAAUGAGUGUCCAAACCCACCCCCACAGAUUCCUCAAUAUCAACCACAGCUUCCAAUCUAUACCCACACCCAACAGCCCCAGCCUAAUACACAGAUGGUUCAUGUUUGUAAUAUUUUAUAUAGUUUUAGGUGUUAAUCCAAGAGUAUUGAAUUAUUCGGGAUUAUUAAAGUAAUACAUUUUGAAUAUCAAAUCAAGGUUCCAGUUUAGGAACAGAGUUUUAUUGGGAAUUAGCCCCAUAUGUAUAUGUUAGUGUUUUAAUAUUCAUCCUAACAAGGAUUUCUAUAGAGUGAGUGCUACUCUCAUCCGUACAAAGGCAUUCCAAAGGGGUUUAUGUAAAACUUCAUAGAAGACAGAUUGCAUAAAAUAUAAGCAAAUAUAAGAGAAGUACAUGUUACACAAAUUAAGGGUUUAACCUUAAUCUCUAAUUUUAGUUUUAGCCUAGGUAAUUAAUUAAUGUUGUAUUGAUCCUUGUGUUUGUAUGAUUGUAGAGACCGUCCUGGAGUGUUUGUGCCGCCUGAUUUCUGGGACUACACAUCAAUCUCUCUGGCUGACCAUGCAAUAAGUAUUUUGCAAUUACAUCUGUUUGGUCAUUAUCCAUGCAGGCCGAAGAAACUGAGAUACUUAUGAGGACAUAAACUUUGCACGCAAGAACCUGGAAAGUCCUGAAGGUGCAGUGCUGUCUAAUACCGCUGGUUCUGUAAUAACCCUUUCAACCAUUGGGGUGUUGCACAGAGCUUUGUGGUGAAAAUCCAGCAAACAAAAGAACAACUAUGUGGAAGCUGACAUUGUCUUGUUGUCAGCCAUAUUGCUACCCUUAGCCAUUUUAUGGAACAAAAUGUCUGGUGUCUAAACUGAUUUCUUUAUACUCUGUGAAAGACUUAUUCUAUUUUUCUGAACUAUGCUGAACUAUUGAACUAUUUUUAUUUUUAUUUUUGUAGAGUUAGCCAGAGAGAGAGGAAGUGUUAGCUGACCCAGGGAUGGAUGUACUAUGUGUGUUUUUUAUAUAUGUUGAGUGUGCCAGGGAUGGAUUCCCAUGUUUUGAGGAACUGCGUGAGGAUAUGACUGGUUUUGACUGGACUUUUGGAAUAGGGAAAUGGUUAAAAGAUAUAGGACGCAAGGUCCUGGUUGUGCAAUAAUAUAGUUGCUAUAAGCCCAAGUUCCAUUCUGUCUUAAACAUCCAUUUUCUAUAUAUCUGUCUGCAAAAGUAUUAAGUGUUUUUUGUUUUGUUUUUUUUCUGCUGAGUUGAGAAUGACUGCAAUCAGCAAAGGUUCAUUAAUUAUACUAAAGAUGCCCUACAAAGCCUUGCUGAACAAUUACAAGCUACCUCCCAGAUGACCUUUCAAAAUAGAAUGGCCCUAGAUAUGAUUCUAGCGGAGAAAGGGGGGGUUUGUAAAUACAUUGCCUCAGGAGUAUGUUGCACCUAUAUCCCUCAGAACACUGGCCCCAAUGGAAAAGUAACAUUAGCAAUACAGAAAUUAGAAGAUUUGGCAAAGGAAAUAAAGAGUAACUCUGGAGUAGAUAAUUACUGGGGUGAUUGGUUUAAUUUCUCUUCUAUCCUUAAUUCAGUAAAAACCAUAGGUCUGAUCUUGGUUAUGGGGGCUUCUAUCUCUCUCUUCUUUUAUGUACUUGUAAGAGUGAUAUUCUGCAUCUACAAACACACACCCCCAUCACGUCCACUACCUCCACCACCAGUGUAUGCGGAAUACUUACAAUUCUACAUGCAUGAUAGCUAUACUCCCCAAAAUAUCUACAUGUAAUCUAUGUUAGCCAGGGUAUAUGCCAUGGGAAUAGUGGCCGAAGAAAUAAUGAAAGUCCUGCAGAAUUGGCUAGCAAUUCUGAAUAUACCAUGAACAGCUACCCUGGCUAAAACAACCCAAAUGGGGUAUGAGCAAGGUCUUGCUCAAAGAGGGGAAUGAAGGGAAGGGGUUAAUGAUUCUCAUCUAUAAUUUCUGAUAUUAUAUUCUCUUUCUUAAGAUUUACACAAGAGCUAAAAACUAGACAAACCACAGGUUAUUUUUGAUUUAUCACUUCUGCUUUUGAAUCAACAGACGCAUCCGCAAACUAACAUUGACCGUGGUCUUUUGCAAGAUCAGCUAUUUCCGCUUUUAGCAACAUCUAUCUUUUGUAAGCACAUUAUAACCAAUGUAUGUCAAAGUUCAUAAUCAAUACUGUAUAAAUAUGCCAUCCUUUUUAUAAUACAUUUGAAGAUUAUGGAAAUCAAAGAGUGUGUGUCUGGUUAAUACGCUUCCAUAAAAAUCUUCCCUGAAUAUUCAGCUGACAAUCGAGAGUUGGAGAAUAGUGACCAGAGGGACCGAGUCACCAGAGUAGCAGAUUUACCUUUAGACCCCAAAAUAUUUCUACAGAACCAGGACCUAUUGGCCACAUCAAAUACGAAGGUCCCAGCCAAGGGAAAAAACAAGCAAAAGAGUGGAAACUCUAAGGGGGGCAACACACAGCCAUCAACCAUAGAACCUGAGGGCGCUGCUUAUCAGCUGAGUGCCUCACCCAGACACCAAACCUAGCCAUUAGGCUGUUUGUAUUGUGGCCUAUAUAAUCACCCUUACUCCCAUUCAUGGGCCAAGAUAGGCAGCACUCAAACGUGGAGAUGCAAUCUAAACCCUACCAACAGGACCAAUUUGUUUGUGUUUGUUGCUUCUUACCCGAAUGUAAUGCUUUAUUUCUUGUCAUGUUCCAAUCUCUGAUAAAAAGAAAAAUAUGUAUAUUAUAUAUGUACAAACAACAAUAAAACACAAACUUGAAAAAUCAAACUACAACUCCUGUGAUGCUUUGCAUGUUUUUAUAAUGCCUUGAGAAUGACAAAGCAUCUUGGAGGCUGUAGUUUUGAAACAUCUGGAGAUCUACCGUUUGUUAGCAUCUUCAUUCCUGCAGAGUGUGGUUCACUUAACUUGAUAUGUUCAUCUCUUGCCACUCCACAGACUAUUGAUUCUUUUGCAGGAGUAUACAGACUAGAUUGCAUGGCAAAACCAUGUAGCACGUAUCGAUUUGUCAGAAAAAUAAAUAGUUUUGGUUAAAUUGGGUUUUGUCCAUGUGGGGUUUUGGUUAAGAUGAAUUUUAUCCAUGCGAUUGUUUCAGGAAAAAUGAUUCAGACAAACCAAUGCAGCCAAUACACUCUCAUUCUAUUAACGGACAAGUGAUCAAUAGAGAGGAAUAAAGGAGGGGAAAAAAAAGCUAUAUUUAUAAAUAGAAUUUAAAUAUAUUAUAUAAAUACAUUAUAAUUUGAAUAUGCAUGUUUUUAAUGCCCCUCCUUUUUCACCUCUAUGUUCUCACUGUGAAUCAAGUGGUUUAAAAGUGCACCCAUCAGUAUACUGUAAAAUUCGGAGCCAUUCAACUCACAGAUAAAAAUGAGAAUGUACAACCAAAAGAGAGAAGAAAGGAUAUUAAACAAAAAAUAUAUAUUUUUUCUAUCAAUCAUUUUUUUGUUUUGUUUGGGAGCCAUGGAGGAUACUCCAAAUCAUGAAACAAAAGAAAAAUCUUAUUUGUUUUGUGAUUUAGUCAUAUGGAGAUUUGGAGUUAUAGAAUUCGGAUGAGUUGCUGAUCGACAAAAAUUGUGUGCAUGGUUUACAUGCAUUUCUAUGAUCUGAUUUUCCAAGGACACAGCAAUUUUAUAAAAUUUUUUUUUAUAAAAUCCCUACUCUGAUUAUUUUGUUUCACAUAUUCCCUACAAAGUUUUUAAAAUAAAUGUUCUUUGUAGACUAGUGGAUACAUUUUUAUGAGUAAUCACACUGCAUAUUGUGAUUAUUUGACAUUGCAUUUUAUGUGUUUUAUUGUAUGGAAAAAAUAUUUACAUUGUAUCCAACACAACUUGAGUGAUGUGUGAAAACUGUCAUUGGUUCUGAAUGAGGCUUACUGUUUGGGUGUCAUUUUAAUCUACACAAAUAUUUUGUGUAGAUUAAAAUGACUCUGUAGUUGAAGAUGUGUGUUUGUCUCUAGCAGGAAGAAAAGUUGACGAUGAAGACUGAACAUCUGAGCAUUGUAAUGAAAAAUCUGGAGAGGAAGUGAAAAUUAGAGAAAAGAGAGUCAGUAAAAAUAUAGAGCAUCUCUAUGUGUAGCAGGAGGAGACAUCUCGAAAGGAAGUGCAGUAAUUUUGAGAGCAAUCAAAGCUGACACAUUAUCUAGGAGGAGCGUAUUACUCUAGUCCACCAGAAUGUGCCAAUAAAGAGGCAGCUUGUCUGAUUAUGUUUUAGAUAUAACUUAGAAUUCCAGGAACAGAAUGUAAGUGGCAUUCGUCUUCUCUUUACAGAGACACAUUGAGAUGAAGAGACUGCUCCGUGUAAUCUUCUACCUGAAGGUUUUCUCAUGUAAGAUGGAGACUCAGGAGAUUUGUCUAUGGUUUCUUUGAAUCCAGGGCAGAGAUUGAGCAUCAACCAUUUAGCCAGAGUUUGUGCAAAGCAGUAAUCAAACUAUGUCUCUCAAAGUAUUUACAUUGGGGGUGCCCAAAAGGUAGAUUCCCAGGUGCAGUAGUACUACAACUACCAUGAUGCUUUGCAUGUCUUUAGAACGAUAAAGCAUCAUGGAAACUGUAGUUUUAAACCAUCUGGGGAUCUGCCUUUUGUGCACCACUGAUUUACAUUAUCAGAAAUAGAAAAUGGGUAUAAAAUUAUUUAUAAAAAUGGAGAUAUAGAUAUUCCAUAUUGUGACAUGUGAAGCAGAAAAUAAAAUUUUUUCUUCUGUCUCCACUGUCCCCAGGUCUGUCCCACGCUGUGACCGUGACUCAGGACAAUCCUUUUAUAUUGCUGCAUGAUGGAAAUAGUAUGGAUGAAAUAUCCUGUACGCAUGAUGCAACCGAGAGCUACAAUAUGUACUGGUACCGGCAGAAACCAGGAGAAGGCUUGGUGCUUAUUGCAGUGUCAUAUGGCGAGAAAGAUGUCAACCUAGAGAAUGGGUUUGAGAAUAAGUGGAUAAUGACUCGGCCAAGUAAUGCGAAAUCUACAUUCACACGGAAUGGGGCAGUGAACAUCACAGACUCUGCCAUGUAUUACUGUGCAGCCAGUUUACACAGUCAUAGGAAGCUAAGACACAGCUGGCACAAAACAUAAUGCUUAGGAGUUAGUGGUAGAGAAGAAAGUGAAAUUGAAAUGUCACCAGUAGAGGACACUGCUUUCUCAUUCUCCAGCCUACUCUGUAAAAUGUAAUUUUCUUCUCAGUAAACAUACAAAUUGCAAAACAUAGAAAGGAAAAGGAAACACUUUCACAGUUAUUCACCAAACUGAGAAUUCAAAGUGCAUUCAUUACAGAUUUCUAAUUUAAGGCCAAAAUAGCUGAAUUGGAAGAAUUAUCUAUGUCAUCUAUGGUUUCAGUUCGGCUACUCUGGACUUGUGAGGAAGAGUCAUUGCGAGAAAAAUAGGAAAAAAUAAAAGCCAUGGAGCACGUCAAAGUGAUCCAAUAUAGCCCCCCCUCAUGGUACGUAGUGCUCCAACCAAGAGUCUCAUAAUCCAAAACGAUAAAGCAAAUGAAAAACUUAUAGGCCACACAAUGUGUCAAUAAAGGGUAAAACUCCACUGUGGUUUAUCCAUAAUAAAUCUACACCCUACUGGCACAUCAGAUAGCCUGCCAGGUCUUCAUUUGAGCUUUUGAAAAAAAGACACACGGUAAAUGAAAAAAACAUCUGUUUAGGUAAAAGAAGAAAACACCUAAGGAAGGAAAUAACAGCUGUUGGGAAAGAGACAGUAAAUGAGACAACAUCAGACCCAGCAGGAGGAGACAUGUCACCGUCAAGAGGAAAUGACAUUCACUGAAAAUGUAACAGAGAGUAGCAGAGAGUCAGACACAUAUUGACUGAGUAUUCCAAAAGGAGCCUAGUAAACCUGACCCCAGAAGGUUCUAAUAUAGAGACAGUUUGCAGAUUGAUAAUUUUCUAAAAGUAAUUCUUAGAACUGAAUAAAGGGACAUUUAUCUUCUCUUUUUAGUGAGGUGUUGAGAUGAAGAGACUGUUCCAUGUGAUCUUCCUCCUGAAGGUUUUUUCAUGUAAGUAUUAUAUUGAGGAGAUAUUAUUUGAGGUCCCUUUGAAUCUAGGUCAAACGUGUCAAACUUAUCCCUAAGUGCACUAAGUGGCAUGCAGUGUGUUUCUACAAACUUUGAAUAUUGAAGUAUUAAAGUAAAUACAUAUGUUCAGAAAGAUACAGCAAUAGGAUGAUUAAAAAUAUAAGUUCCUUGGCACUCACUUUAUUAUAGAAUAUAUUUUUUUAUAGUCUAUAUACAAGAUUAAUUGUUAAGCGUGCAGAAAGUAUAAAAUUAAAGUCAAGCACAAAUUAAUAGUAAAAUGAUGGACAAUAACAAUUUAAGGACAUCAACCUUAAAAUAAAUAAAAACAUGUAAUAAUGUUUCCUUUGAUGGAAAGAUAAAAAAGAUGCAGUAAAGUUUUUGUAGGUCACUUUGGUUAUUGGGUAAAUAUAUUGAGAUUUUAGUUCAGUUUCAGGGUAGUGUGAAGUGAAAAUGAAAUAAUUAAGUAAUUAAAUGAUGACCCCUCUCUGUGUUUUGAUUAUGCCUUCCAGGUCUGUGCCAGGGUGUGGUGGUAACUCAAGAAAAAAGUCUUCAACUGGUCACAGUUGGAGAACCGGCAAAUAUUCACUGUAGACAUGAUGACAAAACGGGUGCUUAUUCUAUGCUCUGGUACCAACAGAAACCAGGAGAUGGUCUAGCACUCAUGGGAAUAUCAGCAAGGGAGCAUGAUUCCACCAUGGAGGAGAACUUCAAGGGCAACUGGGAUAUUGAAAGACCAAAUCUGGAGGAGUCCAUUCUGAAGCGGAAUGGGACAGUGAGCAUCCAAGACUCUGCCGUGUAUUUCUGUGCAUCCAGUUACACAGCCAUCGGAAGCUGA